AUGAACCUUUUCAAGAAAAAGAUUGUAGACUCUCCUCUUUGUCCUAUAUGCUAUAUGGAAAAAGAAACAGUUGCUCAUAUUCUUUGGAAUUGUGCUUCAACUACAAAUGUAUGGAGUCAAGGGCCACCACUUUUCCAAAAAGGCUCUUUGAGAGCAGAUAGUUUUAUAGAGAUUUUUGAAUCUCUAAUGGCUAGUUGUGACAAUCUUCUUAUGGAUCUUUUUGCUGUAACAGUAAGAAACAUUUGGUAUCCAAGAAUUAAGUCUUUAUUUGAAGGUACUUUUUUGCAUCCCACUUUGUUAGCUCAACAAGCAGUUCAUGAUCUUGCAGUUUUUAAAGCUUCACAGACAAAUUCAGAGCCUUCUCUUAGAUGUACUUCUAACCUAGUUGUGCAUUGGACACCCUCUCCUCGUGGUCUGGUUAAGAUUAAUUGGGACGCUGCUUUGAGUGAGUCUCAAGACAAAAUUGGCCUGGGAUUGGUGGCUAGAGAUCAUAUAGGAGGUAUCUUAGCUACUAAAAGUGUGUCAAAAGAAGGGGGUGUAACCCCUUUACUUGCUGAAGCAAUAGGGGGCUUUCAGGCUACAAAGUUUGCAUCUGAUUUGGGUUUAACUUCUAUUAUCCUUGAAGGUGAUUUCUCUCAAGUUGUUCAAGGCCUUAACAGACAAGCAGCCAGAUGGGAUUAUGUGGGAUUGGUUUUAGAUGAUACUAAAAAUCUGCUUUCUUCUUUUGAGUCUUUUGUUAUUAUGUUGGUAGGUAGAAAUGGCGAUGUUUUUGCCCACUCACUUGCAAAGAAAGCUUUAGAUCUUAGAGUGGAUUCUGAACAAGUAGUACAUAGUUCUCUCUGUAAUAGUUCUCUCUGUAAUAGUAUUCCUGUAAUGUUACAUUGA